AUGCGUGAGAUUAAACUAUUCAAGCCAGAGAUCUUAGGGGGAGCUUCCGGCGUCAUCGGCCUCGGGAAGGGGCCGCUCUCGCUGGUCUCCCAGCUCGGGCACACCAAAUUCUCCUACUGCUUCACCGAGGACGUCAACGCCACCAGCCACUUGGUCAUCGGUUCCUCCGCCGUCCUCGGCGACGGGCCAGUAACAUCCAUACCGUUCGUCGUCAACCCGAGCGAAGAGCCCUACAACACUUUGUACUACGUACCUCUGAUUGGGUUGUCAGUGGGUAACGUCAGACUGGCUAUCCCUACCGCGGCGUUCAACAUGCGGCGGGCCUCGCCAUGGCUGUGGACCGGCGGAACGAUCAUCGACUCCUGCAUCGAGACCAUGUUCCUCGUCGACGUGGCAUACAAGGCGCUGAGGCAGGAGGUGGCGAGGCAGAUGGACAGCAGUCUCCUGCCGACGACGAGCGAGUGGCCGGAGUACUGCGUCGACCGCUGGGAUGUGGGUGCGGUGCCGCCUUUAGUGCUGCACUUCGGCGACGGCGCAGACUUGGUGCUGCCAGCGACAAAUUACUGGAUGCCGCUCGCGGAUGACAGGACGUGCAUGGUCGUGUACAGCUCGGCGGAGAGGAAUACGACGCUGCCGAUGAAUGAGACGACGGUCAUAGGCAGUUACAUGCAGCAGGACAUGCACGUUCUCUACGACAUCGGUAAGGGCGAGAUCUCUUUCCAGGCAGCUCACUGCAGCUCCAUGUAA